AUGGGUGGUACGGACGCCAAGGACAUUCUGGGCUUGCCGAAGACUCCACUCUCUUUAGGCCGACCCGAUGGCAUUUCUCUCAAGGUAACGAGUCGCAACAAGCAAGCCCUGGAAUCGAUUGAGCUGUUAAUAUUCGUUGAAUUGCAGGUUUAUGCGCUUACAGGCGGCGUUGCACCACUUAUGCCUUCAAUUGAUGUUACCGACCUCUUGAUGACAAGUUCUGCUAGGAAAGAUGAUUUGGUGCUGUACCAUUGGGUUAGAGUGGUAAAUAAUGUUCCACCAACAGGUGAUUAUUCCUUUGCCAUAUAUAACAAGUCAGUUGAUAUCUUUAAGUACAAGGACGAUGAAUAUGAGAAUUAUUUAACGGAUCAUGUAAGUGACACCAAGGAAGACACAUAUCAGUUGUUUGAACUGUUUGAAAGGUUUGAUCUCCUUUUCACUUUCAUUACUGAUCGCUUUUCAUUACCACGGACUGUAGAGGAACUGAAAGAUCGUUACUAUAGUAACUCUCUUUCUUUUGUAGUAACUCGGGCCCUGCUGCGUGCUAGAGCUCAGUCUCCACCACAUGUUGCAAACCAUCCUCUGAUGAAGAGUAGACACGAGGAGAAGAAAGAUGCUGAGAUUCUUGCUGAGGCUAAAAGAAUCACAGAGAUGCGUUUAGCUGCACGUCGUGGGGCAGAUCCCGAUGUGUCUGGGAAUGAGAAUAUUGGUCUUGAUAAAGCUGAUGGAGGUCCAAGGUGUAGUGUAUCUACAUCUUCCAAUUCUCAACUUCCUGCAACUUCUGUGGCGCCAUCAACACUAACUAUGGCAGACUAUGCCUCUACCCUUGCUUCUCUGCGAAUGCUUCAUGUGUACUUGAGAACGUAUGGACUUGAACAAAUGGUCCAAGCUGCAAGCUCUGCUGUUGGUCUUCGAACAAUCAAGCGUGUUGAGCAGACUCUGCAAGAUCUUGGGGUUAAUUUAAAGCCAAAGGUUCCCACAAAAACUCUACAGUAUAAAGAAUCAGAAGGUUCAUUAUACCGUGAAGGGUCAUAUGCCGCAAUGCCAGAUACUCCAAAGGAUGGUGUUUUCGCAUGUGAGCCAUUCAGUUUUGGAGGAACAUUUCCUUUUAUCUUCUCUGGUCCUGGAAGACAGGCACACUUCCCUUCACCAGCUCAUAGGCGGCCCAGGAAAUUGAAAGCAUCUGAACUCUAA